GCUGAGAGCUGCCACUGCCAGUUCAGUAGUGUCAGUACGAUAGCGACAGUUUUCCAUUGUUGAUCCGCACAUCUAGAUCUGUUAAUACCUGCUAAAGAUGAGCGAACGUAGUGUGGUAAUAGUCUCUGCUGUUAGGACCCCGAUAGGGUCAUUUUGUGGUUCUUUAUCUUCAUUAAAAGCCUCGGAGCUGGGUAGUAUUGCAAUCAAGGAAAGUCUGUCAAGAAUUGGGCUAAAUGGAAGUGAAAUUUCUGAAGUGAUCAUGGGACAGAUACUCACUGCUGGAAUGGGUCAAAAUCCAGCUAGGCAAGCAGCUAUAAAUGCAGGAAUACCUAUUCAUGUACCUGCACAUCAAAUAAAUAUGCUGUGUGGUUCUGGCGUGAAGUCUGUAGCAACUGGAUUUUUUUCCAUAAAAUUAGGAGAGAGUGAUAUAGUUGUGGCUGGUGGUCAAGAAAGCAUGAGUAGAUCUAAACAUACUAUUUAUAUGAGAAGCGGUACAAAAAUGGGCGAAUGUAGUUUAGUUGAUUCAAUGUUAGAGGAUGGUUUAACAGAUGCUUUCCAUAACAUUCACAUGGCAAUCACAGCUGAGAAUCUCGCUAAAAAAUAUGCAAUAAGUAGAGAAGCACAGGAUAAAUACGCGUGCAAAUCUCAGCAGAGAGCAGAGACCGCUAUCACUGCUGGACAUUUUGACAAAGAAAUUGUCCCAGUAACUGUUACAAGCAAAACAGGAUCCACUGUCGUAUCCAAGGAUGAAUUUCCAAAAUUUGGAAUGACUGUGGAGAAACUCGCAAAACUAAAACCAGUGUUUGAUCUGAAAUAUAUUACUGCCGGUAAUGCCUCUGGUAUAAGUGACGGUGCAGCUGCUGUAGUUCUUAUGUCACAAGAAACCGCUGCUAAAAAAGGAAUUUCACCAUUAGCCACUAUUGUUGCGGUUGCACAAACGGGAUGUGAACCUCAUAUAAUGGGCAUCGGUCCUGUUGAAGCUGUGAAAUUAGUUUUGAAAAAAGCCAACUGGACAAAAGAAGAGGUAGAUUUUUACGAAUUAAAUGAGGCCUUCGCAGCGCAAUCAAUUGCGUGUAUUCAAGAACUUGGGUUAGAUCCUGAGAAAGUUAACGUAAACGGUGGUGCCAUUGCUCUGGGUCAUCCGCUCGGAAUGUCUGGAACAAGAGUACUGAUCACACUGUUGUACACUUUAGAAAGAACUGGAAAGAAAAAAGGUGUUGCGUCUUUAUGCAUCGGAGGAGGAAUGGGCAUUGCUAUUGCUAUUGAAAGAAAAUAACAAAUAUUUUAUCCUUAUAUACACAUAAUAUACAUACAUGUGUGUGUGCAGUGUAUAUAUGUA